GGGGAAUGAUAUCUCCACGGAUAGUUGGCGGGGAAAUUGGAGAUGUCCUCGGUUUAGAGAAAGUCCCCGCACUUAAGACGAUCUAUCGAGCGGAGGAAAUUUCCUUCCUUGACAGCAUGCCAACCUCACUUCUCUUGGAUGCAAAUAUAUAUUCUCCCGUCGUGACAGCUUUGGUUGCUACCAAGUCACCUCCAGAAUGAUUGAUGCAACACAUUUGAACGGUUCCAGCAGGGCCUCAGUCCCCGUACAACCUCGUCUCUUCAAUCUCUCCAAGCCCCCAUCUGUCGAGGCGUUCGAUACCCUUUGUUCGCAACCCCUACGUUGCGAUUAUCCCCUAGCUUCAUCAAUACAAUCAAAUAUUCCAAUCUACAAACUUCCUCCCUUCAAAUCCCUCACCGCAGAGCAGUGCUCCGCUCUCCAGGACGAGUGGUACCACAUCCUUCUAUCUGGUCCUGGAGUCUUUGUGACUAAGGGUCUCUACAAGGACACCACCCUUCUCGACAAAAUGAACUCUGUCUUCUCCGACAUCAUCGCGCACGAGAAGCAAGGCUCAAGAUCCCGAGGCGAUCAUUUCGCCUCAUCCGGCCAGAACGAUCGGAUCUGGAACUCCUUCUCCAAACAUUGCGCCCUUGACCCACCAUCAUUUCUUUCCUAUUAUUCGAAUCCCUAUCUUCCACUUAUAUCGUCUACGUGGCUUGGACCAAGCCACCGUAUCACAGCUCAAGUCAACAUUGUCAAGCCCGGAGCUGCCCCGCAAGUGUCCCAUCGGGAUUACCACCUCGGAUUCCAGGAUGCGGUAACCUGUUCUCAGAUUCCUAAGGCUGCUCAGGUAGCAACACAAUUCCUGACCCUUCAAGGCGCCGUCGCACAUUCCCACAUGCCAUUGGAGAGCGGUCCAACUCGGUUACUACCUUUUAGUCAGAUGUUCGAGGAAGGAUACAUGGCGUAUCGCCUUCCCGAAUUCAGAGACUAUUUCUUGGCCCACUAUGUCUCUCUACCAUUAGAAAAAGGCGACGGCCUUUUCUUCAAUCCGGCGUUGUUCCAUGCUGCCGGAAAGAACGAAUCGAAGGAUGUUAUGCGUUCAGCGAAUCUGUUACAGAUCAGCAGUGCCUUUGGGAAGCCAAUGGAGACGAUCGACUCUCUCCCAAUAAUUGAAACGUGCUGGAACCCCUUGAUGAAGAAGUACAAAGUUGAGGGGAUGAGUGAGGAGGUGAGAGCCUUUGUGGCUGCGGUUGGAGAUGGGUACCCAUUCCCCACGAACUUAGAUAAUCGAGCUCCUCAAAGUGGGGGAAUGGCACCGGAGAGUGAGCAGGAUGUCAUGUUGGGCGGCCUGGUGAGUGGUCUUGAGAAAGCUGAGAUUUUGGACAAGAUAAGGAGGAUUCGGGUGGAUGCCAAGCCCUAG